CAGCACAUGAUCAUCCCCGGCACCGGCGCGGCCUCGGGGGGGAGCUCGGCCUCGUCCGUGACCCGGCCCCUUCCUCCAAGGUCAACUGCCCCACCGACUGCCCCGUUUGGGCACGAAAUGGGGGCGCAUUCUGGGCGGCAGGCGUACCUGUCACGGGAUGGGUCACCGGAGGAGGGCGAGUCCAUGACGGGGCUGUCACCUUCGUCCAUUGACCUUAACCGUGCGCCGGCGAACUCCAAAGGCCCGAAGAACCUGGAAGCAGCUGCGAUGGCCGGUGCACGCAACCUGUUCGACGAUAUGUCGGCCGCGCGCGCGCAGUCACCGUCCACCGUGCAGGCCCCUCCGUCUUUCGCGCAGACAAUGCCGACGACCCUGCCAUAUCCUUCGACACAGCAGGCUCCCCAGGCACCUCCCAUUGACACACAGGAGGGCACAACUGCCGGUCCCGGCAGCAUAAACAUCGCGGAGGAGCCGUUGUUCGGUGAGGCCCUCACACAAGCCGCAGCUGCACAAGCUCGAGCCCGCCGGGUAAGCAAACGAACCGGCAACUACACGGAGAAGGAGGACAAGGUGCUCGUCGAUGGAUGGUUGACCAUCGGGCAAGAUGUGUUGACGGGUGCCGAGCAGAAGGGGACCGCAUUCUGGCGCCGGAUCUAUGAAUACUUCCAUGAACAUCGCAAAUAUGGACAGGAGCCAUUUGAGAGCGACCGCAGCGAAAUAUCGCUCCAAAAGAGGUGGGGAGCAAUUCAAACGGAAUGCAACAAGUUCCAGGCGGCGUAUGAUCACGCGAAGCGGCUCCCCGUUAGUGGCAUGGGUGUGAAGGACUUGGUGUGGCGAGCUUUGGAAUUCUACAAAGUCAACAAUGGAGAGAAGACCUUUGCCUUCCCUCAUUGUUGGAAGGAACUCCACGGCACCCCCAAGUUCCAGGAGGGGUACGAGGGGUACAUGGCGACCUUGACUGGCAACAAUCCCGCCAAAGAUGCCACUGUCAUUGACCUUGAUGGUGGGCAGCCUUGCGGUAGCUCCGCUUCUCGUGCAAGUCGUCCACGCGGCCACAAGUCAACCAAAGCCGACAUGAAGCGUGAUGCUUCGUCCAUGCUAUUGUACGGCACUUUGAAGGAGAUGCAUGCGGACAGAGAGGUGUCCACGGACAAGAGGGAUGAGAGGAGGCGCCGGGAGAAAGAAGAGGACAGGAAGAAAUUCUUUGAUGUCCAGCAGAAGAAGCUUGAGAUUGAAGAGGUCAAGGCCAAGACCAAAGCUAAAGAACUUGAGCUCAAAGAGAGAGAACUUGAGCUCAUAGCAAUGGCAAGGGCCAAAGAGGUGGAGCUGAAGGCGAAGGAAGUUGAGCUCAAACGCCAAGCCGAGGACAACCUCAUCAUGAACGCCGACUUGACCAACAUGAGCGAGGCAAAGAGAGCUUGGUUCGAGAAGAGACAGAAGGAGAUCCUCGAGCGCCCAAAUUGAGUUAGACAAUCUCAAUUGUAAUUUUUAUAUUUUUCUCAAACUAUGGCACAUUUUAUUUGAU